CCCACCCUGCCACCCACCAGACACUGUGUUUUACUGGAGUGCCAACCAGACCUGACUGCUACCUGCCGAAUCGCGCGCGCCUGCCAAAAAGGCAAUGGGCUCCCGUUCCGGAACAGCACCACCAGCGGUCAAUUUCGACGCCUGGAGUCAACCGGCCGAGUCGUCCACCUACGCCUUCACAGUUCACACGCGCGGCGGCGGCGGCGGCGGUGGAGCGGGUGAUGAGGGAAGUGGCGUGAACCACCGAAUCUCGCGGUCGCGGAGCGGGCGUCGCGGGCGAACGAGCCCCGGUCUCUCUCUUCUCUGCGCGCAACCUUUCCAAGGAACUCCUCUGAUGCUACAGUAAUAAUAGAAGAAAGAUGGACCUGCUCAGCAUCAUUCUAGUUAUAGCAUCUCUGCUCCCAUUCGCAGCAUCUGAUGGUCAAGGUGAUGCCUUGUACGAUAUGAAGCUGAAACUAAAUGCUACUGGCAGUCAGCUUUCUGACUGGAACCAAAAUCAAGUCAACCCAUGCACCUGGAAUUCUGUUAUUUGUGACAACAACAACCAUGUUGUGCAAGUAACAUUGGCUUCUAUGGGGUUUACUGGAGUUCUGUCACCAAGAAUCGGAGAUCUGGAGUAUUUAAAUGUUCUGUCCUUGCCUGGUAACAACAUCUCUGGUGGCAUACCAGAAGAAUUUGGCAACCUCUCUCGAUUGACAAGCUUAGAUUUGGAAGACAACCUGUUGGUUGGGCCAAUACCAGCUUCACUUGGCAGGCUUUCAAAGCUCCAGCUUCUGAUACUAAGUCAAAACAAUCUCAAUGGCUCUAUUCCUGAUACACUAGCAAGCAUUUUAAGCUUGACAGACAUUCGGCUGGCUUACAAUAAACUCACUGGUCAAAUACCUUCCCAGUUGUUUCAAGUUGCACGUUACAAUUUUUCAGGUAAUAACUUGACAUGUGGAGCAAACUUCCUCCAUCCAUGUGCCUCAAAUAUGUCUUACCAAGGUUCUUCCCGUGGUUCGACAAUAGGCAUUGUGCUUGGGACAGUUGGAGGUCUUAUGGGGCUUCUAAUCAUAUGGGCUGUAUUCAUUAUCUGCAAUGGAAGGAGGAAAAGCCAUCUACGUGAAAUAUUUGUGGAUGUAUCAGGUGAGGAUGAUCGUAGAAUUGCAUUUGGCCAGUUGAAAAGAUUUGCAUGGCGAGAAUUGCAACUUGCAACUGAUAAUUUCAGUGAGAAAAAUGUUCUUGGACAAGGGGGUUUUGGGAAAGUAUAUAAAGGAGCACUUCCAGAUGGCACUAAGAUUGCUGUAAAACGGUUAACUGAUUACGAAAGUCCAGGUGGAGAGGCUGCUUUCUUGCGUGAGGUUGAGCUAAUUAGUGUUGCAGUUCACCGGAAUCUUUUAAGAUUGAUUGGUUUCUGUACAACACAAACAGAGCGCCUACUUGUUUAUCCUUUCAUGCAAAAUCUUAGUGUGGCCUACCGUCUACGAGAAUUUAAACCUGGGGAGCCAAUAUUAGACUGGUCCGCAAGGAAGCGAGUGGCUAUAGGCACAGCUCGUGGACUGGAGUAUUUGCACGAGCACUGCAAUCCUAAGAUUAUACAUCGUGACGUCAAGGCUGCCAAUGUCUUGCUUGAUGAAGGUUUUGAACCGGUGGUUGGGGAUUUCGGCCUGGCCAAGCUGGUGGACGUGCAGAAGACGUCCGUGACUACCCAGGUCCGUGGAACCAUGGGUCACAUCGCCCCCGAAUACCUGUCCACUGGGAAGUCCUCCGAGAGAACCGAUGUUUUUGGCUAUGGCAUAAUGCUUCUUGAGCUAGUCACUGGUCAGCGUGCCAUCGACUUUUCACGUCUGGAGGAAGAAGAUGACGUGUUGUUACUUGACCAUGUCAAGAAGCUGCAGAGGGAAGGGCAUCUCGACGCCAUCGUUGACCGCAACUUGAACAGCUGUUACAACGGGCAGGAGGUGGAGAUGAUGAUCCAGAUCGCGCUGCUCUGCACGCAGGCGUCGCCCGAGGACCGCCCGUCCAUGUCCGAGGUGGUCCGGAUGCUGGAGGGCGAGGGCCUCGCCGAGAGGUGGGAGGAGUGGCAGCAGGUGGAGGUGACGAGGAGGCAGGACUACGAGCGGAUGCAGCAGCGCUUCGACUGGGGCGAGGACUCCAUCUACAACCAGGACGCGAUCGAACUGUCCGCCGGCAGGUGACGACGUCGGGUCGUCACACGGAGCUUGUCGUCGUCGACGUCGCAGUGCCGACAUGUAACUGUAUAUGUAAGGCAUUGUUGCGAAGCUUGUUAGCAAAAUAUAAUCUGUGACACUCACUUAGUGUUGAUACGUGCCUGUAUUUUAUUAUUUGUGUGUAUAAGGAAGGAUGAUUUAAACGGGUUCAGGUGUUUACCGGUUGUCCGGCUCCCAUCCUGUAAAGCUCUAUAUAGGGGGGUGGGGACCGGUUGAAACCACAUCACAUGCAAGCUGCAAGAAUUGGCUUGACAAAUAUUUAACGAA